UUUGCACAAACCGGAGAUGGAAUUGCUGAUAAUAUGCCUUUCCUUUGGGAUAUUGCAAUGCUAUUCUGCAAGCGCGGACUCAAUCAUUCACAUCGGUGCCAUUUUCGAGGAGAACGCCGAAAGGGAUGUCGAAGUGUUUCAGCUGGCCGUGUCUGACCUCAGUCUCAACGAUGACAUUUUACAGAGCGAAAAAAUCACACACUCCAUCAAGUACAUCGAGCCCAACAACCCUUUCCAGGCGGUCCAAGAAGCGUGUGAGUUGAUGACCCAGGGGAUUCUGGCGCUGGUGACGUCCACGGGUUGUGCGUCGGCGAGCGCGCUGCAGUCCCUGACGGACGCCAUGCACAUCCCGCACCUGUACGUGCAGCGCGAGGACGAGGGCUCGCCGCGCACCGCCUGCCCCUUCAACCCGUCGCCCGACGGAGAGCGCUACACGCUGGCCGCGCGGCCGCCCGUGCGCCUCAACGACGUCAUGCUCACGCUCGUCACCGAGCUGCGCUGGCAGAAGUUCAUCAUCUUCUACGACAGCGACUACGAUAUCCGCGGGCUGCAGGGCUUCCUGGACCAGACGUCUCGGCUGGGUGUGGACGUGUCUCUGCAGCGCGUGGACCGCAACAUCAGCGGCGUCUUCUCCAGCCUGUUCACCAGCAUGCGCACCGAGGAGCUCAACCGCUACAGGGACACCCUGAGACGGGCCAUCCUGCUGCUCAGCCCCCGCGGAGCCCAGGUCUUCAUCCACCAGGCGGUGGAGACCAAUCUGGCGUCUAAGGACAGUCACUGGGUGUUUGUGAAUGAGGAGAUCAGCGAUGCGGAGAUCCUGGAGCUGAGCCACAGCUCUCUGGGCCGCAUGACGGUGAUCCGCCAGGUGUUCCCCCUCUGGAGGGACAGCAACGCCAACUGCAUGUGGAACAACCACCGCAUCUCCUCCCGCCUCUGCGACCCGCAGGAGGGCUACGUGCAGUCUCUGGAGGCCUCUAGUCUGUACCUGUAUGACAGCGUGCUGAUGCUAGCCAACGCAUUCUACCGCAAGCUGGAGGACCGCAAGUGGCACAGCAUGGCCAGCCUGAACUGCAUCAAGAAGUCCACCAAGCCCUGGAACGGAGGAUGGUCCAUGCUGGAGACCAUUCAGAAGGGUCAGAUAGUCGGUCUGACGGGAACAAUGGACUUCAAGGACAACGGCUCCAAUUCACACGUUCAGUUUGAGAUUCUGGGCACCAGCUUCAGUGAGACUUUUGGAAAAGAUGUGAAAAGGCUAGCUACGUGGGACUCUGUCAACGGCCUCAAUGGCAGUCUGAAGGAGAGCCGCAUCGAGAACGGCAUGCAGGGAGUGACCGUCAAAGUGGUGACCGUGCUGGAGGAUCCCUUUGUGAUGGUAGCGGAGAAUAUUCUGGGGCAGCCGAAAAGAUACAAGGGCUUCUCAAUCGACGUCCUUGACGCCUUGGCAAAGAUCCUGGGCUUCAAGUACGAGAUCUACCAAGCGGCUGACGGCAAGUACGGAUCCCAGAUGCUCAACGGAACCUGGAACGGCAUGAUUGGAGAACUUAUUAACAAGCGGGCGGACCUAGCGGUGUCGGCCAUCACCAUCACGCCGGAGCGGGAGAACGUGGUGGACUUCAGCAAGCGCUACAUGGACUACUCGGUGGGCAUCCUGCUGCGCAAGCCCGAGGAGAAGAUCAACAUCUUCUCGCUCUUCGCGCCCUUUGACCUGGCCGUGUGGGCCUGCAUCGCCGCCGCCAUUCCUGUGGUGGGCGUGCUCAUCUUCCUGCUGGCCCGCAUACAGUCCCUCCGGAACCAGAACCCGCCGCCGCCCCCCCACCAGCAGGUGUCCACCGUCUCCAGCUCCCUGCACAGCGCCAUCUGGGUCGUCUACGGGGCCUUCGUACAGCAAGGUGGAGACUCCGUGGUGGGCUCUGUGGCGCUGCGUAUAGUGAUGGGCAGCUGGUGGCUCUUCACGCUCAUCGUCUGCUCCUCCUACACCGCCAACCUGGCCGCCUACCUCACCGUCUCGCGCAUGGACAACAGCAUCCGCACGUUCCAGGACCUGGCGCGGCAGGUGGACCUUGCGUACGGCACGGUGCGGGACUCGGCCGUGUACGACUACUUCAAGGCCAAAGGCACCAACCCGCUGGAGCAGGACAGCACCUACGCUGAGCUGUGGAGGACCGUCAGCAGGAACGAUGGCCACGACUUCUCCGUCUCCAGCCCCUCAGAGGGCAUACGCAAGGCCAAGAAGGGGCCGUUUGCGUUCCUGUGGGACAAGGCCGUGGUGGAGUACGCCGCCCUCACCGACGACGACUGCAGCAUCACCGUCACCGGCAACAGCCUCAGCAGCAAGGGCUACGGCAUCGCCCUCCAACACGGCAGCCCCUACCGAGACCUCUUCUCCCAGAAGAUCCUGGAGCUGCAGGAGAAAGGGGACCUGGACGUGCUGAAGCAGAAGUGGUGGCCUCGGAUGGGCCGCUGCGAGCUGACGGGUCACGCGGGGGCGUCUCCGGACGGACGCUCGCUCAAGCUGCACAGCUUCGCCGGCGUCUUCUGCAUCCUGGCGGCGGGCCUGCUGCUGGCGUGCCUGGUGGCCGGCCUGGAGCUCUGGUGGAGCAGCAGCGGCAGCCGAUGCCGCAGCGAGCAGCCCAAAGAGGACAAGGAGGUGAACCUGGAGCAGGUACACCGGCGUAUGAACAGUCUCAUGGACGAGGACUUGGCCCACAAGCAGCUGAGCGGCCCCUCUAUCGAGAUCUCUGCUCUGGGCAUCAGCAGCACCUCCUCCUCAGUCAGCGGCAGCGCCAUCGGCCCGAGCAGCAGCAGCAUGCGCCAGGGCAGCCAGCGCGACUACCCGGGCCCCCCGGGAGCCCUCUCUGUGACCACCUUCCUGGGCCCCCCCGAGCAGGGUCAUGGGGUGCUGGGCCGGACUCUGGGGGUGCCGGGGGGCCCUGGCAGCUCUCUGGGCCCCCUGCCGCUCAGCAGCAGCAGCACUUCCACCCUCCCCUCCUCCAUCCAAUGCAAACACCGGGCGCCCAACGGGGGUCUGUUUCGGCAGAGUCCCGGCAAGACCCCCAUGCCCACGCCAAUGUCCUACCAGGCGAUGGCCGGAGGACCUAUCCCCGGAGCCAAUGAGGCCACACACAGCACGUCCAUCUGA